UGACCAGCUUGCGUUUGAGAGCGCAUUCACAGGUAUGAAAUUUCGUAAAUUUAAUUGAAAAUCGUGUAUUUUACGGAUAAAUACGUAGUUUUAAGCUGCUUGUAUAUAGAGGCUGUAAAUAUAAGAGUAGGUAAUAAUGAGUUUGGGUGCACGCGCCACCAAGGGUGGUGCAAAGGGAAAGGAGGGGAAGCAACUGGAUAAAGGCAAGAACACAGAUAAGCCACAGAUCAAGGAGAAGGCCAAGCCCCAGGCGACCACAGAACAACUUCGUAUGGCAAACAUGAUAGACCGUAAAGAAGAUGUGGAUGUCCGUAGAAUGGUCAAUGAACUGAUGGAGAUGACGCGACGUACCGAGGAGGAGGUUUGCUCAGCUCUACAUGACACUGACAACGACAUGGACGCUGCCUGCAACCUUCUGCUAGAAGACUGUCAGCGGAUACAGGGCGAGUGGCAGACAAAUGAGAAGAAAAAGAAAAAGCCUCCGGCUCCUUCCGGCAACGGCGAACUGGAUCCACCCAAAGAGCCGAGAGAUGCCCGCAGCCGUUCCGGACCUCGACCACGUCGUGGUGAAGGCGAGGGCGGUCGCGGACGGGGUUCGGGCCGCGGGCGAGGCGGAGGGCGCGGAGGCCGCGGCGUGGCCCGGGGCGCCAGGCGCGGGGGCCGGGGAGGGGCCCCGCGGGGCGCCGACCGGCCCGGGGACAGCUGGAGCAACCACGACGACACGGGUGGUGGCAAUGUUGACUCAUUUCCUGCUACAGAGGACUGGGACAACGAGGAGUGGUCUGGAUCGUUAUCAGACACCAAGGUGUUCACGCCCAGUGUGUUGCAGAACGCGGCUGAUAGCGACGCGCACACGCACCUGCCGACUCCCACCGAGGAUUGGGAGUGUUCAGAGCCAAACGGUCCCGGCGACCACAUUCCUACCUUCACCUACCAUAACCCACAGCACAGCACAAUCAUUGAGAACCAGAUAGUAUCGGCGCCCGCGUCUGGUCCGGUGGCUCAAGUAGCACCCGUCGCGAACACUGAGCCGGCAGACACCUACCAUCACCACCAGCCAAUGGGCAUGUCUGGCAGUCUCAGCGCCGCGCAGUCGCAGUACCUGUCUCAACUCACACACCAACACGACAAUAGCGUGUACAGCGGCAACUAUGGCGUGUACGCGCCCGAAGUGCAACACCGGAAGCCGCAGCGGGCGCGGGUGCCACCUCCCUCCAAGAUCCCGUCGUCGGCGGUGGAGAUGCCGGGCGGCGGCGAGAGCGCCGGCAGCAUGUUCCUGGACGUCCAGUUCGGCGCCCUGGAGCCCGACGCGCUCGAGCCGCCGCCGGCGCAGACCCCGACCACCACCACCGUGCAGAAACAGCAGGUGCAGCCACAACCGGAGCCCGUGCCGCCGUCCGCUCCGACGCCGCACGAGCCCGACGCAUCGCACGCGCAUCCACACGCGCACCCACACGCGCACGCACACGCACACGCGUAUACCAACAACACUCAGAUGCAGCUGAAUGAGAGUCUGAACACUGUGGAAACGAGUGCGACGAGUCAACCUGUCUCCUCAGAACCGCCAGCCGUCUCAAACUCUACCUCUAUAGACAAGCUGUCGGCAGGACUGAAGUCUGUCACAGUGACUGAGCAACAACAUCACCAGUACCAACAUCACAGGAGUAAGGCGGCGCCGAGUGCGGUCGCGUCCACGGGCGUGACGAGCGCCGUGAACGUGACGUCGGCGAGUGUGACGGCUGCCAACGUGUACGCCAACGCAAGCGUCACGCAUCACCCGCAGCAGUUGUACGGCGGAGCGCUCUACGCCACGCAGGUGAACUCAACAAACGCGUCGAUAAUGGGCGCGACGAUGACAAAUCCCUACCCCUCAAGUGCGACGCUAACGCAGUACCAGCCCAUCAUGAACUCAUACCAGUGGACCGAUAUUCAGCAGACGUCGUCUUCGGUGGCGUACGGCGCUAGCGCGACGGGGAAUGCUCUCUACACGGCGGCUCCGUACCAGGCCUACCAGGCCGCGCCGCACAACAAACAUAAGGACGCACAGUACGACAGUACGAGUGGCGUGAGCGUCACGACCGCGCACACGGCGCCCACCACGCAGCACCAACAGACCACGGCCAAACCAGCCGUCACCACCACGGUGAGCGGCAACGUGAACAGCGGCGUGUCGACUACGGCGAGCGCGGGGGCCGCUGCUUCGGGCGCGGGCUACGCGGCGGGUGCGCUGUACGGCGGCGCCUACUACGACGAGCAGCUCAUGAGGAGCACGCUGCCGCACCACAUGGGCGGCUACUACGAGGUGGGCUACGGCGGACGUGACGCCGGCGCAUUUGGACUGAGCGCCGCUGAUCGCUUCCCCAGGACUGAUGCAGCGUCACCUCAACAAGUACCAGCGGCGUUACCACCUGGCUACGCGUUCUACUAUCAACCACCACCUACAACAUACCAGUAUGGAGUCUAUCCAACGUACGGCGGUGGAUCCAAUGUGGGCGGAGUGGGCGGAGUGGGAGGAGUGGGCGGAGUGUCGGGCGCGGGCAAGGUGGCGGCCUACUCGCAGCAGCAGCCGCCUUACGACGACACGUACAAGCAGGGAGCAGGCUCGGGCGCAGGCGGCGGGUACACGGGUGCGGCCAACAGCGCGGGCAAGGCAGCUCCCGCGCACACGCCCGACAUUAACAACGCGAUAUACAAGCCGCAUGUCGCUAUCAACAAGCUGAAUAGUUACGAGAAAGCCGGGUUCCACAGCGGCACCCCCCCGCCCUUCGGCGCCGCCUCGCACCUCUACAUCCCGGCGCCGCCUCAUCACCACCCGCACCACCACCCGCCACAGCAUCAGAUGGAUGUACGGGUGAACAGUAGUCAUAGGCGGGAGAGCGGGUCCGGCACACGCACGGGCGGCAAGUCAGCGGGCGCCAACAAGCCGGCCGGAUAUCCGCAGUCGUACUGGACGCCCAACUAGCGCGCCGAUACCCACCGCGGCAAGGCAGCCGUCAUACUUCACAUGUACAGGGCUAAAGCCACAUCCAUACACACACACACUCAAACAGUCAAUUUCCGGUUCACACACACAGCCGCGCGAGCAUGUGUACAUAUUCGUGUAGCGCGCCCGCGUCACUCGCUCAAGAUCGCGCGACAUUUUGUAACGCUGUUUUAUUUAGUUUGUAAUUAAUUAAAUGUGUUUAUAUUGACCAAUAAUAAUAAAUUAGCGCGGGAAGUGACGCCGGCGUGCAACAUUCUCAAGUGUUGUUUUCUGUUGCGAUAUGUUUUACACUUAUUAAUUUGAUUGUAUUUUAUCGAGCGAGCGCGUCGUGAGAAUUGCGCGUCCAUGUUGUAAAUUGUCCCUGCUAUUUGUAUAUUUAAAAUUCUGCGAUUAUAAAAUAUGUGGAUGCGAUUAGAUGCGGUUCCUAUUCCAACGCGACACGCUCGGCCGCACGUCUAUAUAAAUCCUCACCCGGACUGAUUGUAUAUUAAAAUGCAAACUGAAUUAAUAAAAUUAUGUUAAUAUUCUUUAAAUUCGUAGUGUAUUCGCGUCGGGGCGUCCACUUGUUCUAUAUAGCGUUCUACUCGAGAUUAGAUUAGGUUAGUGUUUAAUUUGUAUUUUAUCAGCGCGCGACGCUCCGAACCUCUCAUUUACGCGUAAGAUGAUCCGUUAGGUUACAGUAAUUAUGAGUUCUCUAUAAAUUAACCGUAGUGCUAUGUAUUCAUAUAAUAUAUAUAAUAUAAUAUGUAUAUGUGUAAGCGUUUGGUGCGCUAUGCGCGCCGACAAUUUUGUAUUUAGUUGACGGACGUUUUGUAAUUACAUAAUAUUAAUUGUAUUAAAGUGGAGAAUGGCGCAGGCGGCCGAUGUAACGUUGUAUCGGGCCGGCGCUUGUGAGCGGGCAUUUGAUUACGAGAGAAUACACGUAUUGAAACAUG